CGCUUUUUUUCCUUCCUCUCCACUGUCUCUCGUUCUUUCCCUUUCUUCUGUUUUCUUUUCCGGUUCUUGAAGACCGUCUGAUUGCUACAACCUUCCUUAACUCAAGUUGACAUUAACACUCGCUAGCGAUGUUCUCCAAGUUUUACAUCUUCUCUUUGGGCCUGGCCUUAUUGCCCCUUGUAUCUGCUGAAAUUCAUGAUGUGAACGUCGGUUCUAAGGGAGCAUUGUCAUUCGAACCUGAGGCACUCUUUGCCCAAAUUGGCGAUCAAGUUGUCUUCCAUUUUGUUACUAAAAACCAUUCGGUAACUCAAAGUAGCUUGGCCAGCCCAUGCGGACUGAAGGAGGGUGGUUUCGAUUCGGGAUUCAUGCCUGUUGCGCUUAACCAGACAGAUAAUUUCCCUACCUACACGAUAACUGUCAACGACACCCAACCUAUCUGGGCCUUCUGCAAUCAGGCUGCCAACCAACCCAGUAGCCACUGCGGUGCCGGAAUGGUCUUCUCAGUCAACUGCGGAGCCGAUGAUGCACCCAAUUCCUUCAAAAACUUCAAAAGCUCCGCCCUUGCAAUCGGAGCCAAGUUGAAGGAAACUGAAGCUGCUAGCUCGACAUCUGCCAGUGGUGAUAGCGGUGGUUAUGGAGGUGGUUAUGGCGGUGGUUAUGGCGGUUCCAGUGCAACCGGAACCGGAUCUGCUCCACAAGCUAGCUCUACUCAAGCCUCAGGUACCGGUAAAGAAAUCAAGGUUCAAGUUGGACCAAACGGAGACCUUGCAUUCAACCCUCCUCACGUUUCUGCUGCUCCCGGGGAUCUUGUUACGUUUACAUUCCAACAGAAGAAUCACAGCCUGGUUCAGUCCACUUUCGAUGCCCCUUGCUCUCCCAAGGAUGGUGGUUUCAAGACUGAUUUUUUCGCUGUCACCGGUAAUGAAACCACCUUACCCAGUUGGAGCCUCCCCAUCAACGAUUCCUCUCCUGUCUGGAUCUACUGCCGUCAAAAGGUCCCGAAGAGCCACUGUAAUGCUGGAAUGGUUUUCGCGAUCAACUCGGAUGAAUCCUCUCCGAAGAGUUUUUCUGCUUUCCAGAAGGUUGCGGAAGAUGCUUCAAACUCCACUGCCAGUGGUGCAGCUAGCACUGGCAGCAAUAAUGGUGCUGUUUCAAGUCGUGGAUUGACAAUAAGUUUCGCUCUCGUUAUUCCCGUCUUGAUUGUCUCGCUCCUCUGAUCUACGAACAAAUGUCAUGGACGAAGUAGAUAUCUUGAUGGUUUCUACGUACAUAGCAUAACUGCAUUUUCUUUUGGUCGAGUGUGCUGCCUUGGCAACCAACUCAUAAUCACGAUCCAUGCGGCCAUGCCCGAGCCGCAAAUGGUGUGAAAAUCUCAAUCAC